AUGGCUCAUCCGCAUCCUGAAUUUCCCCCCGUGCGACUAUCGGAUAUCGAUGGUUUGUUAUCGGAAAAUGUUCUCGAUUCGUCCAGUGGAAACAAGCUGAUAGAGUUCAUUCGCAACAGAAAUGGCCAGGCAAAACGGCCCAGGCUAAAUCAGUUGUUUCGCGAAGACGACGCACCGAUUCAGUUCCGGUUUGACAACGUCCUGCGGUCUCCGAACAGGGAAACUAAACAGUCGGGUGGCGCUGGGGCAGUCGCUAAAGCAACCCCGAUGGUGACCCCGGUGGUGUCUGUACAGUCAGAUGUGACUAUAUCGGAUGAUGGAGUUGAGGUGUUACCACCAUCACCCAAUCCACCUGUGUCAGUGUUACAGAUCGACAGCAGAACACCCUCUUUUCUCAGUCCUCGUAGAGGGAUGCCUUCGUCUGUUUCAAGCCCUCGCAACCAACGCACUGCAGCUGCGACCAUCGGCGGAAACUCUCCGAACCAGAGCAGAUUAGGCAGAGUGCCGCUUCGUAAUUCUGCCAUCGAAUCAAAUCUCAACCGCUUAGCAGUGUUGAGAGAGUGCCAGCGGUCCAACCAGUUGAAGUGUGAAAGAUUGCGACAUCUAAUAUCGAGCACACCCAACGCGGGCGAUCGCCAGGAGCGAAGCGAUGAAAAUUUCCUAAGUAUCAAAGAGACAAUUUCUCCCAUUUCGGAAAGCUCUCCGGCGGUGCAGUGUAAUGAGCCGGUACCGACUGGUGCUCCAAAAUCGUCUAUCCCCGACGCUGCUCCCAAUGACAGCUUCGUUCCGGCCACACAAGAUCAAGUGGACGGUGAUGAGCGAAACAACCGGGCAACAACUCCACCCCGUGGUCAAGAUGUGCUUAUUGUUCCGGAAACGCCUAGUCCAGUACGCAGAGCACCCAGCGUAUGCUCCACGCCCCUCAGUGGGUUAAGGGUCUCACCCGGAGGCCGUUCCGAUGUACGCAGGAAGUCCAUCCAACAGCUGCUGGAGGAGGAAAACCGUGAGGUCCUUGGGGAUGGGAAUAGUUUCUCGACGCCGAGACAAAGCAUUUUAAGGAAACCCGUUUCCGAUGGCUCGACUCCGGUGCGGAAUCGUGUCAGUUUUGCCGCAAAGUUGCACGAGAUUCGUGAAGUAUCCCCGAACUAUUUAAGAUCACCGAGAGAUUCAGAUAUAACAUCGGAUGAAAGCUCCGAAGAAGAAGCUGCAAGAGAACCGAGUCCCAGCCCUAAGCAGUUGAAGAAAGCGACGCCGUCCGCUCGCCAGCAGCGGCGAGGUGAUUUAGAACGAUCUAGAGACAAAUUGCAAUCUUCUGCGGCGCAUAGGAGGCUCGAAUAUGUUACGCGUAGCCCUGAACUGGCCAGGAAAAGUAUGACAGUGACCGCCAACACCGGUGCCGCGAAAGAGCAACUAGCUUCUGAGCGUUCGGAGGAUAACGCUCCUGCACCGCUUAUCAGUUCACCAGCCAAAUCAUACCGAAACAAAGGUGAAGGUGUUAGCAAGGAACUGCAGUCACCGAGAUCAUCGUUACAAGGGCAGCAACAUGAUCACGAAGAGCGUCAAGAAAGCAGAGCCCUCAGAUCGCAAGAAACCAUCGACCAUAUCGACCAGAUGGAGGGCAACAAAGAACUAGCUGAUUCAUCGGGUCCUCAAGGAACUGCAACAACGAGAGCAAAUCGAACUAACCGGAAUACGAUUAACAUGAUCGUCGACGAGUGGAGUCAUGAAAUGUCUGCCGGAAGUGGGAACAAUUUAAAUGCGAUGCGUAACAACUGCUUAUCGUCGUCUGUGACGAGCCCUGUUCCGAUCGCCAAUAUUGACACUCCGCGUGCUAUUGUGCACGAGAUCUUCGAACCACCGUCUGCAUUUGGCGAUGACACUGAUGCUGCACACGGAACUAGUGAGGCAACCGGAAUGGAAACGGCUGAACGCCAGAAGGAUCAUGUUUCCCCUCGAAAGCGUUCUCACGAAACAAGUUUGGCACCGAACGCUCGUGAUGAGACUACUGUUGAACCGUUAGAGACUGACUCCAUCGUUCGCAGAAAUCGGAUCAUGGGCUCCUCGCCACACGAUCAAGUGUCGGUGAAAAUGCUCGCUUUGGUGGAUGAGAUACUCAUGAGCCAGGACGGUCCACCCGUUAAUACAGGCAGAGGCCAAGACGAACGCCGCACAACGUUAAAUAUGCAAAAGAAGAAGAAGCGCACCGCAGCGAAGGUGGAUGCGGAAACGGUUAGCUACUUCAAAACGGUGGAGGAAGCCUGCAAGGAGAAAGUGGUAGAAAAGCUGCAGACACGCAGGGACCGUCGCAAGCUGUUUGGUAAGGAGAUUUCUGCGAAUGAAUUGCCCGAAUCAGUGGCCGUCGGUGAGCUGACUACGGCGGAACCGAUGUCGAUGGUCGUAGACGAAGUAGAGGUUCAACAAUCACGCCUGGAGAAUGAAAUGCGGCCAUUGCAAGUGCAUGUUACGCGACUAUCAAAAGAAACCAUCAAACGGGCCCUCAAUGUCAGCCAGUCGUUGGUAAGUCACAACAGCAGCCCACCAAGGGUGACAGCGGUCCCUCACAGCCCAGUGCAUGAGAAGCAAAACACGGAAACAUUGGAGAAGCGCUCUGUUACGCUCGUUGGUUUGAGCGCGAUAGAGGAGAAAGAAGAUUCAGUAAAGGUGGCCAAACCCUCAAAGAAGCUUGGCAGACCAAAGGGUAAAAAGAAUUCCGUGAAAGCCCUACCGAUUACGACGAAGGAUUUAAAAGAUGCUGCGAAUGGGAUUCGGCAGCAGGUGGACAGCAGCGUGGACACUAACGGCAUUCGUCGGAGUCAUCGUAACCGACGCAUGCCGAUGGAGGUACUGGCCCGUAAUCCGAUGAUAUCGCAAACUGAUGGACCGAUGUACUGCAAUCCUAAUGUGCAGGAAAUCUUUAAGCGCUGUUGCGAGCUGGAAAGGGGAAAAAUGCCCAAAAAAUCUUCCAAGAAACGGACGAAAGUUGCGAAAAAACAGUCGGCAGCACCCUCUCCGCCUGAGGAGACAGACGGUAGUGAGGGUCAUAAUGUUCAUCAGAAGUCGAACGAAAAGACGCAACCGGAAGAGCAGUUCGACAAUGAAGGCUUUAGGAUUCCAUCGGAGCUGCCUAAGAAGAAGAGUGCAUCUUCCAACGGACAUGACUCUGGCCUUGGUUCGGCAGUCAUGACGACCGUUAGCGAGGCGCACACGGUGGUAUCCGGCGACAGCGGUUCAGCUGCCGGGAAACCAAUGCAAGCAACAAACGCCGGCAACAGUGAGGAUCUUUUGGCGCAAAAACGACAAACCAUGGACUGGAUGCUGAGACUGAUGGACAACCAGCAGCAACGAAGACCGCAGAAGGUACCAUCGGCGGAAGUAGGCUACCAGCAUUUCUCGUUGGAUCAUUUGGAGUUCAAGCAGCUGCGAGAUGUAGAGUACUCUUUCUACACCUUCUCAGAAGCGGAACAGUUUGGGUUCAUCCGGUUACCGCCGAAUGGAAAGAAGAACUUGACGCGUGCAAAAAAAUGUUUGCUGAGGUUUCUCAUCCUCAACGGUGCACUUACUUUCACGAUCGAAAACGGCCAGUUGCAAGUUAAGGGAGGCGAUUUCCUGAUAUUAUCCCCUGAUUCUCGGUACGAGAUUCAAAACGGACCAGAAACGUCUAUACUGUUCAUGAUGAAGACCAUUGUGCCAAAAGACCGCGUGGUGAAAUAGGCGACUAGUACUAGGUGAACGAAAAAUUGAGAGAAAGCUAUAAAAAGAUUGUUAUUUUUCCGAUAUAAAUA